UAAAGCUCAUUUUAAAAAACAAACCAGAGUAAAAUAUGAUAACUACACAGUAUAAACAUGGGAAACCUGCAACAUUACCAUGCAGAUUUGAUGUGGUUCUCACAAAGUGCCACAAGAGAGAGGAAGAUGUCACAUAACUGUUAGCAAGGACCCCCAUCUGAGAUGAAGCACAAAGACUGUUUACAGGAAUUCAGCAUGUUUGUUUUGUGCUCUAGCCUAUCCUGUUGUUGUGUGUAGAGUUUUAGCUUAACUUGGAGUUUCAUUUUAUUUUGCCAUAUUCACAUAUUUUGUAAAUGGUCAAGACAGUUCUGGGCACACAUUCUCCAAAUCAGUGUGUUAUUCUCCUAUUGAAAACGCGUGGCUUGGGGGGCUGUAAAUUGGCAGAUCUUUUCUGGCAGCGGAACUAUUUUAUAUUUUCAUCUGUGUUCCAUACUUUAGAUCUGAGGUAGAUACACCCAGAUUCCAAAUAAUUACCAAGUUGCAUCUGUAAAUGUCUAGAUGUGAUACGACUUAUAAGAAACAAGACGACAUAAGUUUUGUUGGUAAACUGAUGACGGCACUAGCCCGAAGUCUGUUUCACUUAGAAAGGUUUUUAAAUACAGGAUUCCAAAAAUGUGCUUCCCAGUUUAAAGACCUGAUCCAUCGCUAUGUGGAGAUUACGGAUCACCAGCUCUGCAGUCUUCACACUCAUCAGUGGGCUAGCACUGGUCUUCUUAUACUCCUGGCAGAGUGGCGUCCCCCCCCAGGCUGAGGAGCAGAAUGGCAAAGUCCACAUCCUGAUCCUGUCCUCCUGGCGCUCAGGCUCCUCCUUCGUGGGACAGGUCUUCAACCAGCACCCGGAUGUGUUCUAUCUAAUGGAGCCCGCCUGGCACGUGUGGGUCAGCAUGUACCAGAACAGUGCCAGCACUUUGCGGAUGGCGGUCCGGGACCUCAUCCGAUCAGUCUUCCAGUGCGACAUGUACGUCUUUGACGCCUACAUGCCCGAAAAGCGUAACGUGACACAUCUGUUCCAGUGGUCAGUCAGCCGUGCGCUUUGCUCGCCGCCUGCAUGUGACCUGUACAAGCGGGAGGAGAUCAGCAACGAGAUGACCUGCAAGAAGAUGUGCAGCAAGACUCAGUUCGACAAGGUGGAGGAAGCCUGCAAGUCCUACAGCCACGUGGUGUUGAAGGAGGUACGCGUCUUUGACCUGGAAAGCCUCUACCCUCUUCUCAAAGACCCGUCCCUCAAUCUUAAAAUCAUCCACCUCAUCCGAGACCCCAGGGCGGUGGUCAAAUCCCGUGAACAGUCGAUGAAGGCCUUCAUGCGGGACAAUGGGAUUGUCCUCAACACCAAAGGUGUUCAAGUGGAAGACACCCACUACCAGGUGAUGCGGGAGAUCUGCCGGAGCCACAUCCAGAUUUACGAAACAGCCACUCAGAAAGCACCCAGCUUCUUAAAGGGCCGGUACAUCAUGGUGAGAUAUGAUGACCUCGUACGGGACCCACUUGCUGAAAUCUCAGCGAUGUAUAAGUUUGCAGAGUUAACCAUGACCCCUAAGCUUAAAUCUUGGAUAUAUAAUAUCACACACGGCGAAGGGCAUGGAAAUGAGCGGGAGGCCUUUCUAACCACUUCUCGCAACGCGGUGAACGUCUCGCAGACCUGGAGGGUCACGCUGCCGUAUGAGAAGGUUGCUAAAAUACAGGAAGUCUGCAAAGGGGCGAUGAACAUGCUGGGCUACCAAAUAGUGGAGUCUGACAAAGAACAGAAGCGACUGUGGCAAGAUAUAUUGUUGCCAAGGAAACAAUACCAGUUCUCUUGGUUGUCCUCCAAGACAACAGAUACAUUAAAAGAUUAAGUUUUGUGGACCUGUCAGAGUUAUUUGGGAUUUUUUUAACUGUUUACUUUUUUAUUUUUAUUAUUUAGUGUGCUCAAUUAUUUUACCUCCAAUAUGGAAUGUCCAAUCAUUUUUUCCACUCAUCGCAGCAAUUCCUCACACAGCGCUGGAGAACUGAAGGCCAGCUUCCUCUUUUAGACCCAGGAACUCGAGAGCGGAUGUCGGUGAGUUACUGACCUCUGGAGGACAAAGGCCAACACUGCAGGUGUCUGCUUUUGAGCUCAGUGGGCACCUGACCAGCAGGGUUCACUGUAGCGCCAUAAGAAACAGUCCCUGCCAGGUUUGCCUCUUUAACCCACAGGAAUCCCCAGAGACUGUUUCUUUUUAAAACAGACAUUAUUUAGUAUUCUUAUUAUUUGGAGAACUGUGUUUAAAAAUAUAUAUAUAUAUAUAUGCACAUGGAGGAAGAGAGUUCCAAUAAAAUCCUGACAAAGACACUUCCAGAAGAUACCGGAUUAGAUGCUGUUGACAGCAGCUGUUAGAUGUUUAGUAUAAUGUAAUUGGGUUGGGGUUUGAACAGUUACAGCGAAACCCCAUUGCUCUGUAAUGGAUUUUAAGUAACUGGUUUACUGCUAAGCGGCUAAUCAUUUUUAUUGUUCUUAAUAUACAUGUGGAGAUAGGUGACAGCAUAGUAGGAUACCGUGUUUAAUAAAUUAUUAUACUCACUUUAAAGGAUAUGUAAAUGUUUUAAUAACCAAGACUUACAAAGAA